AGCCCUAAGGCAGGAACUGGGACCCCAGGGCUGCACUCGGACCAUCAAGGCAGCGUUUGGGACUCUCGGGGCCGCCCUCGGACCCCCACCAACGCAGGGUCUGGGAUCCCUGGAGCCACACUCGGAUCCAUCAAGGCAGAGUUCGGGGUUCCGGAGGACGGAAUUGAUCCCCAGGACCGGACCUCGACACUGCACGGAGGCCUGACCGGGGCGAGGGGAGGUGGCGAGCGUGGGGGAGCGCCCACCGGGUUGGGUGCCCGGCCUGGUCCUCCUCCGGCACUACCUGCCUUGGGAGGUCGCCUCGAGCAUCCGCGGCAGAGAGAAUCGAAACCCUAGGGUGCGGCGUCCCAGACGGGCCUCCCAGCCCGGACCGCGCGCACCAAUCAGGCGGCGGCGAGCACGUGACCCUGACGGCCAAUGGGCAGCAUGCACGGGAGCACGCCCCCAAGGCCCCGCCCCGUUGCGUAGGAGCGCUUGCGGCAUGUGGACCCUGCGAGCCGCCGUCCGCCCGGCGUCCCAGCUCUUUCGCGUGGUUAGCGGCUGCGGGGCUCCGAGGGUCGCGCCGCCGCUGCCGCCGUGCCCCGAGCGCGCGCUCGCCGCCUUCCGCGGGGGCCUGGGGGGCCCGGAGGGGCGAGGGGUUGGGGGGAGGGGCCCACGUGCAGAUGGCCGGGGAAGUCGGACUGGAGGAAAGGAGGAUGAGGAAGAACCAGAAGAUGCGGAGGAGGAAGAGGAGGAGGAGCUGCUGAGGAGGGACCCUUUGCUGCCAGCGGGGACCCAGCGCGUGUGCUUGGUUCACCCUGACGUCAAGUGGGGACCCGGGAAGCCUCAGGGGACCCGAGCUGAGUGGCAGGUGGUGGAGGCACAAGCGCUGGUGCGCACGCUGGACGGCUGGUCGGUGGUGGACACGAUGGUGGUGCCCAGCAAAACGCCCGGCAGGAAGCUCACGUUCGGCAGAGGGACCCUGGGGCGCCUGACAGAGAGGAUCAGAGGGUCCCCGGAAAUCACCGCCGUCUUCCUGAAUGUGGAGAGGAUGGCUGCAGCCACCAAGAAAGAACUGGAAGCCGCCUGGGGUGUGCGGGUGUUCGACCGAUUCACGGUGGUCCUUCAUGUUUUCCGCUGCCACGCCCGCACCAAGGAGGCCCGGCUGCAGGUGGCGCUGGCCGAGCUUCCCCUGCUCAGAUGCCCACUCCCCACCCAGGGCUCCGUCCCAGCCCCCCACGGGCGUGUGCUCCCGCCUCCUGAGCCGACCCAUUUCCACGCCAGGUCCCACGUGCAAAGCGACGUUGCCCACCUGGGCGGACGAGGAGGGGACUCUCGCCGCACCGUGGGGUCAGGAGAGUCUUUCCUGCAGGUGCAACGGCGCCUCCUGAAAGAGAAGGAAGCGAAGAUUCGGAAGGCCCUGGACAGACUGCGCAGGAAGAGGCUUCUCCUGGGGCAGCAGCGGAGGCGGCGGGAGUUCCCCGUGGUCGCCGUGGUCGGAUACACAAACUGCGGCAAGACCACGUUGAUCAAGGCCCUGACGGGCGACGCCGCCAUCCAGCCCCAGGACCGGCUGUUCGCCACGCUGGACGUCACAGCCCAUGCGGGGCGACUGCCCUCCCAGGUGACCGUCAUCUACAUGGACACCAUUGGCUUCCUCUCCCAGCUGCCCCACGGCCUGGUCGAGUCCUUCUCGGCCACCAUGGAGGAUGUGGGCCAUUCGGAUCUGAUCGUCCACGUGCGAGACGUGAGCCACCCCGAGACAGAGCUGCAGAAGGCCAGCGUCCUGUCGGCCCUGCGGGCACUGCGGCUGCCGCGCCCGCUGCUGGACCGCGUGGUGGAAGUGGCCAACAAGGUGGACCUCGUGCCCGGGUACAGACCCGCCGAACCCGGCGCGGUGGCCGUGUCUGCGCUCCUGGGUCUCGGGCUGGAGGAGCUGAAAGCCAGGCUGGACAGAGCAGUUCUGAGAGCCGCGGGCAGACGGGUCCUCACGCUCCGAGUGGGGCUGGCGGGGCCGCAGCUGAGCUGGCUGCAUCAGGAGGCCACGGUGCAGGCGGUGGACGUGAGGCCUGAGGCCGGGGUGGCCGACGUCAAGGUCAUCAUAAGCGACUCAGCUUACGGCAGGUUCAGGAAGCUCUUUCCAGGGUGAAAGGACGCCCAAGGGUGGGGGUGGUCCCCGAGGACUGCGGGGGGCUCCCCGGGGGCCGGGGGGCUGCAGCGUUCCCGCCUCAGAGAGAAGCGGGCGUGCUGCGUGGGCCCUACACCCCCGUGGGCCUGGCGGGAGGGCCGGUGGGCCUGGGAGCUGGCGUCGACGGUGGGACUCCGAGCGGUUCCGGUUGAGCGUCAGGGGCGUCUGGAGAGCUGACAUCCCGUCCAGGGUGCUUGAGCCCCGAGACAGUAAAAGCUGUGUGUGUGCUCGUGAGCCAGCCUUUCCGGUUCUUCCGUGCCGGCCGCCCGGCAGAAGCCCUGCGAAGGCUGGCCGUGAAGGAGGCAGGGCCGGCUUCCCCGUGCGCUCUGCGUCCGCGCGUUCACGGCUGCCAGUCCUCGCCCUUCCCCGCGGUGGCGUCGGGGGUAUAAUUAAAAUGUCUCCCGACAGCCCGGCAAGCAGGAAGGAUCUCCCCGUUUGCAGGCGCGGGCGGCCGGGACCAGCCAUCACACACCCGUUUAGUUGUCUUUACCCAAAGGAAAACAUACAAGUUCAGGCAUCUUGUCGACAAGCAGGGAAUCACAUGCUGGGGCCAAAGUCCCCCACGGUGAGGCAGGACCCCUUCCCGAUGUUCCCUUUCCAGAGGGGCUCCAGGGCCCCCAGACAGACUUUCCCGGGAUGCAAACAGGCCGGGGGUCCUUCAGCUUAAAGAGAUUCACACACAUCUCAGGGAGACGGGACACUCUUCGCUGCAGGUUUUCUAAAGGGAAAGCGAAUGAGAAGGGCGUUCCCUUGCCCUUUCGGCACCAGGAAAGGGUGUUUUCCUUACCUCUGUU